UCAUCAUUUGCCAGACGAGUCUGUGACAGUACUGUUGCGCACGUCUUAUAUCUAAUCACAAGUGGCUGGGCUAGUCAUUCAAUCAUGGAGCAAACUGCACAAACCCCUGGAACACAGCAGGGCAGGCAGCAGCCUGUGUACGACACCCGAAAUGGUGGGCAUUAUGGUGCUAGCGCAGCGCUUUCUGCGCAAGGCUAUGCGCCAGUUGCCGAGCUCUAUACCGGGACAUGGGCGAAUGUCAACCAAGGCUUGCAAGGAACCGCCCGUGAUAUACUUACAACAUACUGGCAGCACAUCAUCAACCAUCUAGAAUCGGACAACCAUGAUUAUAAGAUACACCAGCUACCACUUGCUCGCAUCAAAAAGGUCAUGAAGGCUGACCCAGAGGUUAAAAUGAUAUCAGCGGAGGCACCAAUACUUUUCGCCAAAGGUUGUGAUAUCUUUAUCACUGAACUGACCAUGCGUGCAUGGAUUCAUGCCGAGGACAACAAGCGCCGUACACUACAGAGGUCUGAUAUUGCAGCAGCACUAUCAAAGUCUGAUAUGUUCGAUUUCCUCAUUGACAUAGUACCUCGCGAGGAGGCCACGUCCCAUGCAAAGAGGUCUAGCCAGACAGCUGGAGCUUCUGCAGGCGUUCCUGGCCCCGCAGGAGCCACCGGCCAACUGCCACCAUCUCAACACGGUGUUCCCCAUCACAUGCCUCCGCCGGACUAUAGUACCCUGGGUCAGCAUGGGCUCCAAGAUCAAGAGUACCGGCCGCCGACGAUGUAUGCUGGAGCUGUGCAGUCUGACCCCACGGCUGCCUAUGGUCAGCAUCAGCCUCAAAUGUUCGAAGGAAUGUAUGCAGCAUAUCCGCAUCUACCACCUCAGCAGGUAUGUUAAUAUUAUCACGAGAAACCCACCUCCUUUCUCGUCUCUUUCCUUUUCCUAUUGUUCUAGCUGUUAUCUACAUUGGCUCAACCUUGACUAAUGCACUGGACACCAAUAAGUGAGUGAUGAUGACACUCAAAAGUAGGCACAGCCUGAGCGGCACACGAGGAUUUUAAGUUGAACGGCACCAUGCCAUCGUAUCCGCUACCCGGUCAAGGAAGUGAC